GAGAAACUGAUUGCAAGCUCUUCUCUGUGACCAAUCAAAUCGCCCUCUCCUUCCUGUACCGAAUCACCAGCUCUACACUGUACACUGUACACUCUACAGAGUACAGACCACAGCUUACUGGUUCGUACAACUGAUGGGUGAUAAGAUUAUGCUGGAACCCAGAUAGCCUUCUCCGUUCUUUUCUUCCCAUGCUCUGUUUUUACCACAACUACAAGUAAACCUCCAAAAGAAGAAGAAGAAGAAAACAAGCAACUAUGGCGAACCAGACCCCUUCCUUCAUCAAGGUUUUGGUUGGAUGUUUCUCCAAGAAGCUGAGGAUUCCAGAUUCAUUCGUCUACGAAUUCGGCGACGAUUUGUACGGGAAAUUAGUUCUCAAACCCAACAUUGGGAAUCCUGCCAUUGUUUCUGUGGAAUGGGGAAGCAGGGGAUGCUUCUUCGAAACCGGAUGGCCGUCGUUCGUCAAGGAUCAUCAACUACAAGAAGGCGACUAUCUGGUUUUCAACUUCAUUGGGAGCAAAAUCGUGGAUGUCGUCAUUUACAACCCAACUGGCUGCGUCAAGAGAUCAGCUGAAGUCCAAACCAGCGAGCAUCGUCCAAGCUCUGAAAGGAAUCAUGAAACAGAGCCAUCCCUUGAAAACGCUAGAAACGGAAAGAGAAACGAGGGGAGGAGAGAGGUUGAAACUAGGAGGUCUUGCCGAAGAAGCUCAGGAAGGAAUCUCGAAACAGAGCAACUCUCCAAAACCAGAGAAGGAAUGGGCAAAGGUGCAAAUUUGAAACCACGAGAAGCUCCAAUUAAAACAGAGUCGGAAGAAGGGUAUUCUUCUGGCAACGAUUCUCGAGGUUUAGCUGCUUGCUUCCAAGUGGGUUACAAGAAGUACAUGACAUAUUAUGUGUGCAUUCCAUGGACAUUUUCCGAAACCACGAGUCUGGCAAUGAAGAAAACCGCACAACUUCAAGACCCAAGUGGGAAAGUGUGGCCAGUUACUGUAAUUUCAGGAAGGCAGGGCCCUUAUCAACGGUUCACUGGUGGUUGGCCUGCCUUUGCUGGUGCUAAUGGCUUGGCUCUUGGGGACAGAAUCGAGUUCAAUUACAAGCCGGAAUUGGGUUUGAUCCAGGUGAAGAUUCACAAGCCAAAGAACAAUACUUGCAACGAUUCUGAAGGUGGGAAGCGGCCAUGGAAGAGAGCGGGUUCUGUAAUUCCUGAAAGGAGCAAGCUUUGCCCAAGUUAUGGAAGAAAUCGCCAAACAGAGAGAUCCCCCAGACCAAGAAAAUGUUUGAAGGGGAAACGAGGAGCUCCAAUGAAGGCAGAGUCCAGCAAACUGAGAAAAGGCCAUUCUUCUGUCAACAACGUUCCUCCAGGAUUGGCAGAUUCCUUCGAAAUGGUUUACAAGAAGCACAAUGAACGUUGUAAUUUUGUGUGCAUGCCGGUGAGAUUUUCUGAAACCACGAAGCUGUCACUGAAGGAAACUGCACAACUUCAGGACUCAAGUGGGAAAGUGUGGGCAGUUCGUGUAAUCUCAGGAGGGAAGGGCCUUCAGAAACGAUUCAGUGGUGGCUGGCAGGCCUUGGCGGCUGCUAAUGGCGUGGCCAUUGGAGACAGAAUCGAGUUCAGUUACAGGCCUAAAUCGGGUUUGGUCCAGGUGAAGAUUCAUAGACAGAUGAACAAUGCUUGCAAGGAUUCUGAAGUCGGAAAGCGGCCACGAAAAGAAACUUCUUGCUAUAUAUGACUGAUGUUUGGAACUUCUGGUAUAGCCACCGGAAUCGUGCAUAGUGCGUUUCCUCUGCUUAUGAUGAUAUCAAAAUUGGGGAUUCUCUGGGCUCCCAUUACGUUGUGUUGGGGGGUUCUUGAGCUCCUCUCUUUUGGGUUUUCUGAAUGUAAUGGGGAAAUGUUGGACUUUGCUACGAUUUCCUUAAUCUUGUGACUGUGCAGGAUGAACCAAUCCCAUCUUGGGCUAUGGUUCAAAGCCAGGAAGUGAAGUUCAAACCAACAUGCCUUACCAAAGCUCAGAAAGGAAAGCAGUUCUCCAAAACCAGAAAAAGGCGGUAGGCCUCUGUUUCCCAAAACAGAGCAAUCUUGCUCGACUCUUAUCAAUUUUUAUACUCUACUUGCUAAUCCUAAAUCUGCUCUGGCUAGCUUAGAGCAUCCA